AGAUACCAUGUCUGUCGAAUCCAACCCCAAGUACCAACCCCGCAUCGCGAUCGUCGGCGGCGGGCCUGCUGGGCUCGUCGUUCUCCUCACCCUCACCAAGCGCGGCAUCCCCGCUACGCUCUACGAGCGCGAGCUCGACAGCAACUCGCGCGCCCACCUCGGCGGCAUGCUCGACCUCGAGUGGGACUCCGGCCAGCGCGCGCUCCGUGAGAACGGCAUGGAGGACCUGUUCAGGAAGCACUCCCGUCGCGACGCGGAGGAGGGGCGAAUCGGCGGCAAAGACGGGAUCCCUCUCCUCCGCCGCAACGAGAAUGUCGAGGAAUCGCCCGAUGGAGACCUGAGGCACGCGCGUCCAGAGAUCGACCGCCGCGUCCUGCGCGAGAUCCUGCUCGAUGCCGUGCCCAAGGACACGAUCAAGUGGGGCCACGCCCUCGUGUCCAUCCGGCCGAUCGAGGAAGGGCGGCACGAGCUCACGUUCGCGAACGGCGUGGUCACCGUGGCGGACUUCGUCGUCGGGGCCGACGGCGCGAAUUCCCGUGUUCGCCCCCUUGUCUCCCCGGCCGUUCCCGUCUACCACGGGGUCAAUGGCGCCGAGCUCUCGCUUCCCCCCGCCAUCGUAUCUCUCCCCGAGAACCACGAGAUCAGCGCGGGCGUGGGCAAGGGCAGCUGCUACCUCGCGCAGGACCAGAAGAACCUCGCGUUCCAACGCAACGGCGACGGCCGCAUCCGCGCGUACCUGUGGCACCGCAACACGCUCGACUGGGCUCUCCCGCGCGACCCGAAGGAGGCGAAGAGGGUCCUGCUCGAGAUUUACUCUGGCUGGGCGCCGUGGAUUCUCAGGUUCAUCGAGCAGGCCGACGAAGACGCGAUCUACCAGCGGCCCCUGUUCCAUCUCCCCGUCGGCCACCGUUGGGAGCACAAGCCGGGGGUAACCGUCAUUGGGGACGCUGCGCACCUGAUGAGUCCCUUCGCAGGCGCGGGCGCGAACCUCGCGAUGCAGGAUGGCGUCGAGCUGGGGUUGAUUCUUGCGGACGCGGUCGAGAAAGCUUUGGGGCAGGAGGAGCGGGAGGCUACGGUCGCUGCGUGGGAGGAUGAGAUGUUUGCGAGGGGAGAGAAGUUUGCUGCGCUCACUCUGAGGAACCUGGAGCUCAUUUUUGGCCCGGGCGCUCCGCAAUCUGUUGUCCAAGCCUUCCAGGAGGCUAUAGUGCAAACGUGAGCAUAGGACCCGCCUCAUGUAUCUACACUACGAUGUCGAGAGAUGUUUGCUGUGCUAUAUAACUUCUACG